AUGCCCAACUACGCGCGACAGAGUUCCUUGGACCUGGACGAGAUAUUCGGCCACUAUAUCAAGAACGACAGCAACGCCGCCAUGAUGAGAAACAUUCGUACCAAAGAGAGAAUGAGCAGCGCUCAUCACUGCGAAGACAAGGAGUGUGGCGGCGGCCCAUCAAUCAGAUGUGUUAGCGCGCUGCACUUCUGCUGGUGUCUCGCUCCCGUCAUCGACAAGGACAAGAAGUCAGAUACAUACGACGAGGUCGUGAUCUGUGGGCAGCGCUUUCAGUGCAUCUCCCCUAAGGGAUGCGCCGUGCAUCCAUACCUAGCGGGCUACAACCUCGACGUCAAGAACGCACGCAACAACUACCCAAAUGUCAAGGUCGAGUGGAAGGCCAUCUUCGAGUCAUUCAAGGCUGAGCACGAUGCAGCUGUGGCAGACAAGACGGAAGAACAGAGGUUGUUGAAGAAGGAGAAAAGGACGACCGAACCUCAAAAGAACCGAUACCGGAAGCUGCAAGACCAAGCCGCGUUCCAGAGAAGCCUCGAGAAGGAGCCUGGUGUCGAACAAGAGGAUACUGGCCAGGAAGUAGGGCAGUCUCCACCAUGUCCACCUACCACGACCCACGCCCGACCCCGCCGAAAAGAUACCAAGAAAGCCAAGAGACAGCGAGCACGCAGAGACCGUGAUAAUGCAAAAGCUUACGAGGAUUGGGUCAAGGAAGACGAUGUGUCAAGUGAGACAAGGGGUCUAGCGGUGAGACCGGCGUAA